UAGUUCCUAGCAGCUUGCGCAAGAAGUUUCCACCAGCGACAAUAAUGGCGAAUAGCAGUGGUAAUCGUGUUUAUGUUUGUGGUGUUGGCAUGACUAAAUUUGAAAAGCCUGGGAAAAGAGAGGAUUUUGACUAUCCCCAGAUGGCUUUGGAAUCAGGUACUGAAGCAUUGAAUGUCAGCGGACUUACCUAUAAAGACAUUCAACAAGCAGUUGUUGGAUAUGUAUAUGGUGAAUCUACUUGUGGACAGAGAGCUCUUUAUGAAUUAGGAUUAACUGGGAUUCCAAUAUACAAUGUUAAUAAUAACUGCGCAACUGGCUCUUCAGCUCUAAUCCUUGCAAAGCAGCUUAUACAAGGAGGUAUCGCUGACUGUGUGAUGGCUGUUGGUUUCGAAAAGAUGGAGAAAGGCUCUCUUGGUUUGAAGUACAAUGACAGAGCUGUCCCUGUUGGCAAGCACAUAGAAGUGAUGAGUGAAGUUGCCGAACUUAGCGCGUCACCUAUGACUGCUCAGAUUUUUGGCAACGCUGGGAGGGAGCAUAUGAAGAAAUUUGGUACAAGUAAACUGCAUUUCGCCAAAAUUGCUGAGAAGAAUCACAGGCAUUCUGUCAAAAAUAACCUCUCUCAGUUCACGAAAGAGUAUACUUUAGAUGAGAUACUAAACUCUACCUCGAUUCAUGAUCCACUCACAAAGCUCCAAUGCUGCCCAACGUCAGACGGCGGUGCUGCUGCUAUUCUCUGUAGUGAGAAAUUCGUCAAAGAGAAAGGGCUGCAAGACCAUGCUGUAGAAAUAAUUGCAAUGGAAAUGGCAACAGACUUGCCAAGCACGUUUGCUGAGAAGAGCUGCAUUAAAAUCGCCGGAUAUGACAUGACCAGAAAGGCAGCCGAAUCAGCUUUCAGAACAGCUGCAGGCUUGCGACCAACUGAUGUAGAUGUCAUUGAAUUGCAUGAUUGUUUUUCUGUAAAUGAGCUGUUGACAUACGAGGCUCUUGGAUUAUGUCCGGAAGGAAAGGGUGGAGAGUUGGUCGAUAGAGGUGAUAAUACAUAUGGUGGAAAAUACGUGAUUAAUCCAAGUGGUGGCCUCAUUUCUAAGGGCCACCCAUUGGGAGCAACUGGACUUGCUCAAUGUACUGAGCUAUACAACCAGCUACUGGGAAGAUGCGGUGAUCGACAGGUUCCAGGUGCAAAAGUCGGACUGCAGCAUAACCUUGGUCUCGGAGGCGCUGUUGUUGUUGGAUUGUACAAACGAGGAUUUGUUGAACCAAGCUUUAAAUCAAAACUUGUCCUCACAUCCAACCCACUUGCGGAUUCCAACGAAACCAAAUUCAAAUCACAUGCUGUGUUUGAAGAAGUUCGUAAGCGGCUUGAAAUGGAUGGUACUGCGUUGGUAAAAAAACUUAAAGCAGUGUACUGCUUUAAACUUUCUGAUGGCCCAGACGGCAAAACUGGAACCUGGUACGUUGAUGCCAAGAAUGGUAAAGGCUCGGUUAAAUUUGGUGACCAAGAUGUAAAAGCCGGUGUGACUAUUAAAAUGAAAGACGAGGACUGCUUUCUGCUGAUGACAGGAAAGUUGAAUCCCCAAACGGCAUUUAUGAAAGGCAAAUUGAAGGUAAGCGGAAAUAUUGGAUUGGCAUUGAAACUGAAAGAGCUCCAACCCCCAAAGGCGAAACUGUAAUUUUGCAACUUCGUAUGCUGAAAUGUUUAGGAAACUAAGAAGAUUAAAGAAAUUAAAUUUGUUAUUCUCGGUGAGUCAAGAGUGGUUAUACUCGGAUGAUUUUCAAGAGUCAUUUUUCAGGAUUUUUUUAAGUCUUCAGAUUUUUCAUGUAACAUGUGUUUUGUGAUCACAGACCUCUGUUAGAAACGUUUUAUGAAUGGACUCAAUGAACUCAAUAUUGCAACUGAAUAAUACACAAAAGAAAUCUCUGAUUUUAUUCUUGGUAAAGCGACUUUCGUUAAUUUUCAAUAUCUAGACUGCAUGCCUUUAUCGUGGCCAAGUAUUCCUCUAAGAUAAAUAAAAUUUCUUUAGAGUUUUAUUACAGUUGAAAUGCUUGAAAAGAAAUAUUCUAACGUUUGUUUUUUGUUAAUACCUUUUGCUAGUUCCGAUAAAUUACAUUUUAUUCUAGUUUCAAUUGAUUGUCAGUUCUAGUCAUCUGUCAUCAUCAGUCAUAAUCAUGAUCAUUAAUCUCCAAUCAUUAUUUAUUAAUCAUCUUCGAUCAUCAUUAUCACCCUCGUCAUUACUAUCAAUUAUUAUGAUUAUAAUCAAUCAUCGCCAGUCAUAAUCAUGAUCAAUAAUCUUUAUUCAUUAUUUAUUAAUCAUCUUCGAUCAUCAUUAUCACCCUCGUCAUUACUACCAAUUAUUAUGUUUAUAAUCAAUUAUUGCCAGUCAUAAUCACGAUCAAUAAUCUCCAAUCAUUAUUUAUUAAUCAUCUUCGAUCAUCACGAUCGUCAUCAUGCAUCAUUAUCACCUUGAAGUUACCACCACUACCAUGUUAGAUAAAAUAAUCAUCUCCUUUUAAAAUUUUUACCGAAAUGGUUUGAGUAUCCGCUUAGGAUGAUACUAUAACCACGUGUCAUACACGUCGAGGGUUUUUGACUGUAUUAACGAAUCGCCGUUCGCUUAGGGUGAGGGAAAAUUUACCUGCCAAUAUGACAUGCAGCAAAACAUGUUCCCUAUCCAGAUUUGUCGUGUCUGCCUUUCCUGGUUGGGUACAAGCCAAGUGAUUCUGCUUUUGUCGCUCCAAUUAGCGGACACCGUCGGGGCACGAGCAAGGUCCGCUAAUUGGAAGUGUCCGCCUUUUGGAAAGUUUCGCAAUGUAAGUCCCAAAUUGAGGUUGAAUUGUGGAGGUGGCUAUGGUCUGGAGAUUCCAGUAAUUUACCACUUUCAUGGACGAAAAAAGUUAGUAAACUGGGCUCUAAAGAAGUUCAAAGCUGUAAAAAACCAACUAGAUUGUCAAAAGUCAAAGUGUUUGAAAUAGAUGUUUGAACAAAUAUUCAUUCGUCUAAGUUUUUGUUUGCUAGCUUCUAAGUUAUUUGUAUUGUCCGCUAAUUGGAGAAAAAAAAAGCCAAAUUGACUAUUUUGUUCAAAAAAUUUGUUCGCUAAUCAGAGGUGUCAGCUUUUUAGAGUGUCCGUUAAUUGGAGAGAAUACUGUAUAAUGUUUCGCUUACAACCAUUUCUAUUCUCUUGUUUUUACCAGUUUCAGCUUCUAAAUCGUAUGUGAUUGUGGAAAAUUCGCAUGGUUACGAUUACCUUUUAUAUAAUCACUACAGUUACCUCCAAUCAAACCGCCAUAAUCCAGCGCUGUAGUUUCUCCGUGAAACUCGAGCGGCUUUAUCAUUCGUUUUUUAGGGAAUGUUCACCGAUCGUCUGCGUGGAUCAAAGGAUAAGUUUUUGGUUACCAGCUUUUUUGGUUUUAAUUUUCAUGACAAGAGAUUUGCUAAGUCAAUGGCUGAGAUCUCCGUUCUUCCUGCUGGCUGCGUCUAAAGUUGCUUUUUGGAGGCCUCUCAGUUUAUUAUCCGUUUUAACUCCCCAUCGGGUAGCGGAUAAUGUUUUUCGCCUCCAUUAUUCAAUAAAAAGAGGAAGGUGUGUUUUCUUUGACAGUAAACUGGUCAGUUUCCUUUCGAACCGACUUUAAUAGUUCUUCUAUUUGGAUGGUGGUAUAUUUUCAAAAGAACUGUGACAGACUAUUCAACACUUGCAAUUCAACUCAAUACAAACAAAGUACAAGGUUACAAAACGUACGAAAUCUUGAAAUCUUCAAGUCUGCUGUAACAAAAGGCACCUCAAUAGGGGCGGGGGGGAUGGGUUGAAACUAAAUGGGUACACUAUUACAGAAGUCCAUUCUGAAAUAUUCAGCAAGGAACCUUGAUCAAGGGAUAUUUUAAGCCUCUGACAUUUCUUUUAUAGACUGGUUUUUUUGAUAACUUUUUGGAAUGUUUCCUUGGUAGUGAUGCGUUAGGGUUUGCUUUCAUUGUUCAACUGCUCUAAAUUUUAAAAAGCAAAUGCUUCUUACCGACUUGUAAAAAAUGUGUCAGCUUAUUUUCUUGUUGUUGCUGUAAGAGCCGUUCCGAAAUAGUGAUUAUUUGAAACUGAAGUGAAACAUUCAUUCCACUUGCUUUUUGUGUAUAUUUUUGUGUCUUUAAAGAAUUUAGAGUCUUGCAGCAGCGGGUAAAAUCCAGCGUUUCAACGGGGCAAGUAACCUAACCAUUUGAGCAUGUCCCUAACCAAAGAUUUCAAAAUUUUAUAUCCAAUAAUCCUAUCACAAAUACACUCAUUUU